GAAAUUACAAGGCAAAUGUAGCAAUGGAGAGGACAUAAAUUUGUUAUUUGUAACAGAAAAUUUUUAAUUUUAGUAUUAUCUCUUUUACAAAAAGAUUUUUUGAGAUAGGGUCUCAGAUGUAGUACAGGCCAGUUUUGAAUUUACUAUGUAGCCCAGGCUGGCCUCAAAUUGGAAGAGAUUCUCCUGCCUCAGCCUCCAGAGGGCUGGGAUUAUAGACAUGCACCACUGUGCACAAUUCUUUCAAAAAUAUUAUAUUCAAAAUAUUUAUUCAAUAUUAUAAUUCAAUGUUAUAUUUUUAUUUGAACAUUUUAAGAAGAAUGCCCAUGACUUGUAGGUGGUCCAGAGGCAGAGAAUGAACCACAGGUGCCUAACCUUGGAUCUAUAUGCACUGGCUUCUGUCUCGAUUUCCAUUCUCAUCCUUCAACACUUCCCCCCUCCUCACUCAGCACUCAGCACUCUAACCCACAGCAAAAACAGGCUCCUUAUAGGACCCCGGACAAGCCACACUCUACACAGUGCUUCUGCGUAGAAGUCCCUCCCCACAAUUCUUGCUAGCCCUUGCUCUGAGUAAGCCCUUCUUCAGGAGCUUUUCUGAGGAUCUCCAAGGCUGGGUUUGUGCCUCCUUUGGUACCCGCACAGUGCUCCCAGCCCAGCUCUUUGCAACAGUCAUCACUAAUACAAAGGAUGUCUGCUUUCUGCUUGAUCUUUUCCUGCUGGUUUGAAAGCUCCAAAUGUCUGCCACUGUGUCUCACUUUAGCCUGUCCAGUGUUCAGUUCCAUGCUUGUCAAUAGAAAGGCUUGAAUAAGUACGUGCGGUGGUCAAAACAAAAUAGAGGUCUUUAAAUGUCCUCACACAAAAAAUUAUGUUAAAGGUGAUGGGUACGCUGAUUACCCUGAUUUGAUUCGGUAUCCAGGGGGCAUUGAUUCUUGUAGACACUGCAGGGUGCAGAGCUGUGACUGUCACCUGGAUCAAAGCAUCAGGUUGGAAGCCAUAUGGCUUUUAUCUGUCAAUCAAAAAUGUUUUUAAUGCUUUCAGUUAAAUAAGUUAGAUAGAAUAAGUAAGAAACAGACAAAGAAGUCACUGGGGGAAAAGUACGACCACCUUUGCUUCAUCUGACCUUUUUUUCAGAAGUGUCCCCUUCUCAGCUUCUUAGCGCUAAAAGUGGCUGCAAUUGACCUGACUUUGAUGAGCAACAGCCAUGUGGAGGCUGCAGACUAAAGAUGCCUAGGGACCCACCUAUUAGUGGAAAAGAAAGACUAGACAGGGUUUAUAGUUUACACGAAAGCAGAGACUCACCCAGUCCGUGUUCAAAGUCCCCCAAUUACCUCGUAUACCUUUGUACCAUUGCUUCGUGCCAGUCAGAACCCAAAGAAAGGGACUCUCUGCAUUUAGCUGUAGCUUUUAAUUUUCUUGGUUUAAGCAUUUUGUGGGCAUCAAAGGCGCACCCAGAAAGUGGUCACACCACGAGUGUACCACUCCACUAGUACACACCCAUGAAACCAGUCACCAGGUUGGGAGUAAGAACGCUGGCAGCUCCCCAAGUCCCCUCCCAUUCCCUGAACCCACCCAAGAAACCCCUAUCCUGACCUUUCCUAGUAUACACUGCUUUAUAUGUUUUGUGUGCAGACAGAAUCACGAGGCAUGUACUCUUCUUGUGUGUGGCUUAUUGGUGAGAUUCCCGAGUGGAGUUCACCCACUGUUGUGUUUAGCUCCAGACCAGUUGUUUUUCCUGGUGCUGGGCUAUAACUUGCUCAUCCCUGGUUGUAUAUCUAAAUAAAUCUUCACCCACCAAACCAGUUUCCUGGCACUCCAGCCUUGGCCUAUGGUGAUGGGAGGAGAGAACUAUCAGCCCUUCUCAAACUGCUACCGCAAAGGCCAGUUGACAUCCCAAUCCUGGUUAAUGCAGAGGAACCAGCUCCUGCAGCCUUCCACAGGCCCAGCCUCUCAUGGGUUCUCAGUCCUUGUCCACCUCUGGAGACCUUAAAGGAAGCUGGGUGUGUGCAUUUUUUACGGGCUGCCGUAAAACAAUUACUACAAACUUAGUAACGCACAGUGUGGGACGCUUAUUCUCAAACAGUUUUUACAGGCUGUAAGUGCAAAGCCAGGGUGGCAGCUGCACAGGUUCCCUCCUGGGGAUUCUGAGGGAGAAGCCAUUCUCGCCCCCUCCCAGCUUUGCUGGCAACCUUUGGCUUUGCACUGCUUCAGCCUCCGCCUUCCCUUCGUCCAGGCCUUUCCUCCAUGUGCUGACUCCCGCUUUCCGUUCUGAGAGCAGCAGUCACAGGACCCACUCCAGCCCAGAGUGACCUCACCUCCAGAUUCUUGUCAUUUUAAGCAGAUAAUUCCAGGUGUGUCCUUUUGGAAAUUUAAUUUUAUUCAUUAUUUUCCCCUUUUUAUUAGUGUACAUUUGCAGUGCAUAAUAAAUACAUCCAUCACGGAGACGUGGUGCAUAUGCACAUGACACCUGAUCCUUUUUAUCUCUCCUGUCCUUCCCCUGCUCCCUUUCUCCCAUCCCAGGUCCCCUUCCCAUCUCCACAUAGAUCCUGUUUCCUAUCAUCUAUCUCUUGCCUUCAAGAACCUUGUCUUAAUACUCUCUGCAGUGAUCUCUAAUCCCAAUGAAGUCACGCUCUGGAGUGCUGGCUGGACACCUCUUAGGGAAUGUAACUCAACAUACUAUGGUGGGUGAAGGGGCUCCUGAGAGGCACAUGACCUAAAUUAAAUGUGAAAAAGUGACCUUGUCUUCCCCCCACACUGAGCCACAGCAUCUGGGCUGAGUCCCCUGAGCACCUGCAAAGUGUCAGACUACCAGCCAGGGGUGCUGUGGGUUGGAACAAAACCCAUCCUCUGCCCUAAGGCAGUUACUGACCAAGGGGAAAGGGAAGGCUCACAGGAGCAGUGGUUCUUCAUUAGGGUGAUUUUGCCUCCAGGUCACCUAUGCAGACUUUGUUUUUGCAGCCAUGGGUGGGGCACGUUUGGCUUCCAACAGAUAGAAGCCAUGGAUGCUGCUGAACAUGCUCUAUGCAAACACCCUGCAAAUCUACAGGCCCUUAUGGCAAUCAGUUAUCCACUCCAAAAUGUCAACAGUGCCUCUGGUGAAAAAUCUUACCAUACAGACAUGUCUUAUUGAUGCUCUCAGAACCCGGGAGCCCAUGGCCCCCACGGUGACCCUGCAGCCAGGUGACACUUCCUGUUUGAGACGCUGGAGUCCCCCUCAUGCUCAGAGGGCCAGGGCUGCUAACAGAGCAAGCCUUUCCCACCUAGCCCCGCUGUCUUCUCAGGAACAACACAGAACUGCUCCUCCAUAACGUCUACCUGAGUCUUCACUGCCAUGUGCUAGACACAGCUGCCCAGGAGAGAGACCCUGCUGAAGAUGACCUAGUUUCCCAUUUGACACCAGGUUGUAACAAGCAACUCCAGGCUUCUGUGCACUCGGGGUGAUCCUUUCCAUACCAUCCACGCCCACAGGGGAGACCACUUGUCAUAAGACAACAUAAUUUAUGCAAACGUAGCUCGGGCGAAAAAGAAGCUAGCAUCCAUGUGCCUGUGGUGACAGAAGCCUGUGGAAGCAAAGUGUUACCUGCCCUCUCUGUAUUCUUGUGUUCGAAUCUUUAGCACAAAAGCCCUGCACGGGAGGCAGAUGCUGAGUACCCAAAGUGGGUGUGAAGAUUCCCUUUGGCCUCACCCUUGACUCUCUCGCCAGAUCUUGGUGCCUGGUCCUAAACAUUGGUGACCAUGGAGGAGCUCCCCAAGGUCCUGGAAGUUGACGAGAAGUCCCCAGAAUCCAAGGACCUGCUGCCCAGCCAGACUGCCAGCUCCCUGUGCAUCAGCUCCCGAAGCGAGUCGGUCUGGACCACCAUCCCCAAAAGUAACUGGGAGAUCUACCGCAAGCCCAUUGUCAUCAUGUCCGUGGGCAGCACCAUCCUGCUUUUUGGGGUGGUCCUCACCUGUUUGGCCUAUCUCCUACAGAUAAGCAAAAAGACUGAGACAGUCCUCAAGAUGAUAGGGCCUGCUUUUCUGUCACUAGGGCUGAUGACCCUGGUGUGCGGGCUGGUGUGGGUGCCCAUCAUCAAAAAGAAGCAGAAGCAGAGGCAGAAGUCGAAUUUCUUUCAGAGCCUCAAGUUCUUCCUCCUCAACCGCUAAUGCAGCUUGACCAGGAGAAGGAGAUCUGAUGACCAACACCCAGCAGCCCCACCCACUCCACGGGGUGCCACAAAACUAAAUGCAGGCAAACUCCCAUCUUGGCCAAUGCAGCCUGGGAAUGAUGCUGACUGAAUUUCGCUUGGUUUCUGUCGCAUCAAGGGAUCCCUUAAUACUUUAGUUGCUCUCAACCUGUGCUCCUGUGUCAAAUCACCAUACAUGGAACUGUCAGCCAAGUGCAGUGCAUGCUGGGAAACUCCUUGAAGAUGGACUGUGCUUCCAAGAACCUCGUGUUUAUACAUCUGUGUAUAUGAAAUGGAUUCCACAGUUACAACCUUCUGAAACCAAAACUAGCCAAUGGAAGGUCUUUACAGAGGAGAAGAGAAGCUAUGCUCUGACCCCAAUAGGUUAAGCAGUCCUAGCUCCUUUAGCGAGUGAGACACUGAUUUACAUUUCAGGAGACCAGAGGAUCACAAGUAUCAAAAUUUACAAGCAUCAAAUAUUCCAAGGGACCAUGGAGGAGCUCCCCAAGGUCCUGGAAGUUGAUGAAAAGUCCCCGGAAUCCAAAUAUUCCAAUGGGAAAGCAUUUUCCAAGAAGGCACAUUUGGCUGGACGUGGCUUUGGGAGUCCUGCAUCUGAGGAAGCUUCAUUUCAGAUCAUGUGGUAUUUAUGGCAGAGACAACGGGGUAGACUGGGGAUGGAAGUGUCAUGCUUUCCCUUUGACCUACAAAUUUCCCCAUCUCACUGGCUGCUUUCACCUGGCAAUUAGCGCAGGACAAAUGCAUGUUGUCCUAAAUCCUCUUUCAGUCUCUCUCCUACCUCUGCUCCUGUUUCUAGAGCAAUGAAGUGGAAACCUACAAAGAGAUUCUGUGUAAUUAUUCUCCGCACCAUUUCCGUCAGCACCCAAACUGGAAAGAUUAAAACCCACAUUCAGUGGUUUGUAAGUUUCUAAUGAACAGAUUCAUUUUGUAAAAUUCCAACUUCUGUUACAGCUGCCCUCACCCAUCAAACAAACAAAUGUUUAUGAAGUGCCCUGCUCGUGGCCAGGUUCUGGGGUAAGAGAGGGCUAGAUCCAGUCCCUUUUCUCAUUAUGCUUCCCAAAGUGAGAAACACAGCCAAAGUAAAUGGCAACUGGGAAGUCCUGUGCUGAGUUAUUGUGGUGGCUAUGGGAAAAGAGAGGUCUAACUCAAACCUGAAAGAGGACAGAGUUACGAGGAGGUUGAGUCAUUCAACUAAGUAGAAAAGGAAAGGUAAGAAUUAGCAAAGAGAGGAAAGGAACUGUAUCAGAGAGCAGGACCAGCCUUGCAAACACAGCAGCUCAGGGGAAGAGGGAACACGAUAAAAUGGGGAACCGCCAUGACUUCUUCCCUGAACCCCAAGAUGUUCUGCUGCUUCUGCUGUUGGUCUGCUUCCCACCUACUGCUCCAAGUCCUUACAUGCAGUUGAUCCUGGGGUACUCUGUGGACCUCAUUGGAGACUGAAGUGGGGUCUCCUGAGGGCCCACCAAGCAGGGCACCCACAAGCUAAGUGCUCCCAAAAUUUCCUCUAGCAAUCAAGAGGCUGUUACGUGUAGGACCAGGAGAGCAUCCCGAGACAGAGUUACCCAGGCUGCCCUAGACCAGGCCAGAGGUCCAGAGGAAAGAAUCUGAUGAUGCGAUGAGAGAGUAGAGCUGCUUGUGCUGAGCUGACUUUUACUUCUCGGCCUUUCCAGGCCUCUCUACUCACCCUGGCAACCUCUCUCUAGCAGGCUUCCAGGGAUCCCCAUUCCUCAUAACAGCUCCGCAUGCAGGGUCACAACCCAGCCUCAUUUGCUGCACUGUGAAAAGUUCCUUAGAGACAAAUACCUGUGUGGGGGGAAAACCCAUUGCUUUCCUAAACCAGAGCCUGGGGUGCCCACAGCCUCUCAGGCCCACCUAGGAUGACCAUGUCCAUCACUGAGAGACAGAUCAAUGUGGCCAGGUACGCUAGCCUCCCAGUUCCCUGCAGAUGGGCAGAUGUGGAUCCAUGUUAGGGGUGCUGCGUCACUAGUUGGAGCUGUGGUGACUCAAGCAACAGGGCUCGUGGGUCAUCUCCCUCUCUCCUGAGAUGAGCACAGAUUGCAGAUCGCCCUUUAAACAAUGUGCUUGCAGCUUCUUUGGGGGGAGGGGACACAGGAUGGGCUCCCAGCUAGCUUGUCUGAACACGCCCUGUACCUCCUCUCAUCCAUGUGAAAGCCAUAGUCCGGGUACAGGUGUGGAUGGAGGACCUAUGCAGAUGUUACCAUCAGCUGUGUCUUAAUAGGAAGAAAUCUGGGGCAACCACAACUCUAGAAGACAUCCAGGGGUUUUGGAAUCCUCUUGCAGUCUCCAGAAGUACCUGCCCCCAUUCCCUCUUCCUCAAGUUAGGUUCUAAGCAGAGAACAAGCAGGAAACACUCACAAGGACAGAUGCCCAAGAACCACUCCCAUGGGACCCCUUGCAAGAGUCAGGGCAAUGGAGUAUGCUGGCAUCACCCCGAGACAAAACACGGCAGAGAAGUUUGCCAGAGUUGGUUGCCCCAUGAAAGCCUGGGAAGUGGCCUAACCUACAAGUGCCUCCACAUUGGCCAUCACAGUUCUGCAAUAAAGCGUCCUCUGCAGUGACUCUGACAGUCUCCAUGGAUCGGAGGACAGGACCAGAAUUCCCAUCUUCAGUGCCCUGAGUUGUAUUGUCUGUCUUACUCCCCAUUGCUAUUCUGUCUUGGAAAAUUUAAUCUCAACUGAAGCCUAAAUGAAUCAAUGUUGUGUUCUAUUAAA